UGAAAGGCCCCGCACGUCGAGCAACAGGAGGACAGAGCCCAGGACAUUCGCGGGGCCUCGCUGUGACUCCCUGCUCCCGCUGCAGCCAUGGCCGAGAACUGCGACAAAGUUCCCAUCGCCCUGGUGGGACCCGAAGACGUCGAGUUUUGUAGUCCCCCCGCUUACACCACGGUCACUGUCAAGCCCUCCAGCCCCGCGCGGCUGCUCAAGGUCGGAGCGGUGGUCCUCAUUACGGGAGCGGUGCUGCUGCUUUUGGGGGCCAUCGGGGCCUUCUACUUCUGGAAGGGGAACGACAAUCACAUUUACAAUGUCCACUAUACCAUGAGUAUCAAUGGCAAAUUACAAGAUGGGUCAAUGGAAAUAGAUGCUGGGAACAACUUGGAGACCUUUAAAAUGGGAAGUGGAGCUGAAGAAGCAAUUGAAGUUAAUGACUUCCAGAAUGGCAUCACAGGUAUCCGUUUUGCUGGAGGAAAGAAAUGUUACAUCAAAGCACAGGUGAAGGCUCGUGUUCCUGAGGUGGGCACCAUGACCAAACAGAGCAUCUCUUCUGAACUGGAAGGCAAGAUCAUGCCAGUUAAAUUUGAAGAAAACUCUCUUAUCUGGGUGGCAGUAGGACAGCCUGUGAAGGACAACAGCUUCUUGAGUCCUAAAGUCUUGGAACUCUGUGGUGACCGCCCUAUUUUCUGGCUGAAGCCAUCGUAUCCAGAAGAAAUCCAGAGAGAAAGGAGAGAACUGGUAAGAAAAAUUGCUACAGCUACCACAAGACCACGCAGUGGACCACAGGGUCACCCAGGCCCUGGAAGACCAAAUAAUGAAACCAGACCCAGCGUUCAAGAGGAUUCAGAGUCCUUCAACCCAGACAACCCUUACCAUCAGCAGGAAGGGGAAAGCAUGACAUUCGACCCGAGACUGGAUCACGAAGGAAUCUGCUGUAUAGAAUGUAGGAGAAGCUACACCCACUGCCAGAAGAUCUGUGAACCUCUUGGGGGUUACUACCCAUGGCCUUAUAAUUAUCAGGGCUGCCGUUCGGCCUGUAGAGUUGUCAUGCCAUGUAGCUGGUGGGUGGCCCGAAUCUUGGGCAUGGUGUGAAAUCACUUCAUAUACCACAUGCUAUAACGUGAAGAAUCAGCUCAAAAGACAAUCAAAUAAGUAUUAGAUAUCCAGAUGCUGAAGAGACCACCAUUUUAUACUUGCAGUUAUCUGAGAUCUUUUCAACUGAUUAUUUCUUAAUGGCUUCGUAGAACUUUAUUUACCCAGAAUAUGCAAAUGCCCUGACAAUAGUUUAGAAUGUUAUAAUAAUCUUAUCACUUAUUCUUGUUUUUUGCCAGUAAAGCUUGCUUUUAAGACUUCCAAACUACAUGAAAUAAACAUGAACAAUUAUUUACAUUA